AUGGUAGGUGGGCAUACCAUAGGAACCACGGCGUGCCAGCUUUUCAGAUACAGACUGUAUAACUUCACUACAACCAGCAACGGUGCCGAUCCGACAAUCAAUCCUGCCUUCGUCACUCAACUGCAGACUCUUUGCCCAGCCAACGGUGACGGUAGCAGGCGUGUGGCGUUGGACACCAGCAGUGAAAACACGUUCGAUGUCUCCUUCUUUACAAACUUAAGGAAUGGCCGUGGAGUACUUGAAUCUGAUCAGAAACUCUGGACGAAUGCUUCCACUAGGACUUAUGUGCAACGCUACUCUGGUGCUGUUAGGGGUCUUCUCGGACUAAGAUUCGAUAUCGAGUUUGGGCAAUCGAUGGUGAAGAUGAGCAACAUUGGAGUGAAGACGGGGACCGUUGGAGAGAUUCGAAGAGUCUGCUCUUCUGUUAAUUAG